ACCACCCCGAAAGACGAGGACAACGUCAACGAGCUUACAUCGACUGGGACCAAGGCCACGAGGCCGAAGAAGAAGGUAUCAUUCGCCUAGGGAGGUCCUGUGUCUGCGAAGCAUGCUGGGAUGACAAAAUGGGGGUGUCAAUUGAUCUGGGUAGGCUUCAUUCACUCUUCGGAUUAUGGAUUAUGCACGGCGUUUGUGGACAGGACAAAAUGCUCUUUCAAGUUGUAGUGAGAUCAGGCGUUCAAAGUACCUUAUAUACCACAAUCGUGUGUCAUUCAUGGGUCUCAAAAUACCCCAUGUACCUCAGGCCAAAUGGUCCUGAAGAGGGAGAAAUCUAUCAGUGAUAUAUGACUGCUUCUACGCCACGAUCCUGUUGACGCCUAUUGCGUAACCCAACACUUGAUGAA